AGGUAUUGAAAAAUGAAAAAAAAUAUGUUUUCAAGUGAUGACAUUUUGGUGAACCAUGGACCAUAUUUUUAAAACACCAUCGAUGGCUGGUAAAAUGUUUCAACCAAAUUUUUCUUCGCAGACCAUCGAACCUGUUUUAAUUUAUAGCAGCAAUAAUUUUGAAAAUUUAAAAUCGUUUGGAAACUGGCAUCAUGGGAAGAUUUCUUUACUAAUUGAGGCAGGAUUCAAAUACACCGGCAUUGAUGACAUUCUUAUGUGUCCAAUAUGCAAUGUUACAACAAGGUUUAAUGAAUGGUGUGAAACAAAAGAACCACACGAAAAGCAUUUAGAAUUGAAGCCAACAUGUGAAUAUGCUAAAGAAGUAAGCGAUAUGAAAAAAUGCAGAAAAGUUGUUUCCAGUACAAAAGAUACAAUGCAUGUCUCCCCGACGCUUUUUCUGAAAGAACUUAGGGUUUCUGAAUUGCAAACUAGUUUUAGAGUUGCCAGAAAAUUAGCAGAGAAGCUUGCAAGUGAUGGUUAUUUAUACGACGGAGGUAUGGAUGCAGUUCGUUGUAGCAGUUGCCGUGUGGUAAUUGAAAAGGAAGAAUUAAUGUCAAAUUUAACCGUUAUUCAUGCCCGAUUUUCUCCAGUCUGUACUUUAAUCAUGCAACACAUUGACAAAGAUCGACUAACGUUCCUACAUAACUCUUGGAAACAGUCUUUUAUCCCAAUGUAUCCGAAUUAUAUAAUAGAGAUUGACAGAAGAAACACUUUUUAUGAAGAAUUUGGCAAUAUCUCAUCCGAACGUAUGUCACAUGCAGGUUUUUUUUAUGUGAAAGAUAAAGGAACUUCAAGACGAAUUGCCAUUUGCCAUUGUUGUGGUUUAUCCUUGUUGCCUUGGAAGUUACAGUUGGGUCCAUGGGAAGCGCAUGCCCUUCUUAGAGGUUUCUGCAAGUACUUGGAAGUCAGAAAAGGACCCAAAUACGUACUCGAUAUUACAAAGACAUUUGAAAAGAGAGAUCCGGGAAUUGAAAGAGGUAAGACUUUAUAGUUAUUGUCACCAGAACAUGCUUUUCUGUUCGUGAGUUCUAAACAAGCAUUAACUGCCAAAAACUACAAAAAUGACUUAAAAGUUUAACUUAUAAUAUGACAUACUAAAAAAUUACUAGAAAAACAAAAUCGCAUAGCAAAGACUAAACCAAGCAGGAAAAAGUAUUAGAGUAUCAAUAUUGUGUGCGUAUUUUAUGAAAAAACGUCGACCAAAUAACACGAAAAAUGCCGAAGGUUAAGUGACCUGAUAUAAGCAUAAUAUAAAAGGCCUAUAAACAGACAAGCAAUUGCAAUUAAGUAUAAUAACGAAUUUAUGUCAUAUAUCGAACAGAUGUAUUACCAUGCAGCAACCUUGUGUUAUUCAAAACUCACCCAAACAUUAUCUUUUAAAGAUACAAUCAUUAUUAAUGACUGUUUUAGUAUUUGAAUCAAGUUAAUGCUUAUUUACGCAGAACUAAGAAGCCAUCAAAUCCAAGAUGAUCCAUACCAUUGGGAAACUUGUACACGAAAAGAAAUGGAAACUAUACAAUGUGUAAAAUGCAAUGAAAGGAAAAAAUCAAUGAUUUUUAAUUGCGGUCAUAGACUGACUUGCAAACAGUGUGCUACAAUGUAUUUUGUAUGCCCAUACUGUCAUACACCUGUGACGAUUAGGGUGGAAUCCUACAAAUGAAUUUUAAAAAAUCUGUCUAUACAGUUUUCGUUUGGUAAUUUAAUAUAAAAAUAAGAAGAUGUAGUAUAAUUGCCAAUGAGACAACUCUCCACCAGACACCAAAUGACAUAGAAGUUAAUAACUAUAGGUCACAAAACGAUCUUCAACAAUCAGCAAAACCAAUAUCAUUAAUUUAUAGAUUACUGGUAUCUUGCUUUUUACCACUAUGUAAUAUUCCAUGAGAAAUGAACCAUGUUUAAAUACUUAAUGGCGAGCGUUGUUUAAUUUAUACACUACGUCAAAAAUUGAAAGUCUUUUUCCCGAUGACAUACAAAAACCGAAAAUAUACUUCUCCAAUGCAGCAGAAUAAACACAGACAGCUCCUCGAGUCUAAAAACAACUUCCUUGGCAACCUAUUUUGUCUGGAAAGGCGUUAUAUGUUUGAAGACUUUGUGCAAGAAUCACACAACAUCAAACACAGUAAAAUGUGUUCUACUAUUAGUUAAUUUUCGCACAGGAUAUUGUCGAAACUAUUAUCAUGAUUAUUGCUUUGAUCCUAUAUGUUUUAACCCCCGAAAUGACUGGGGAAUAGAAGUAUGUUCACCAUUGGUCUUCCUCCGACCGGCAGUAAUCCUCGCCAACAGUGGGGCGUCCGUUUGGCUGUGCGGGAUGUACAAAUUUGCAGCCACGUCCGGUCAGAAUGGGGACGUUAAAUCCGAUGCCUCGUGUAAAGAGAGUGCCACGCUCUUUGCACGUUAAGAACCCUUGUAACAACUCUUUGAGGGGUCCGUUGGUGACCUGUUGCAAGGCUAAAUUUCUGUCCCUAUCCAAUAUACCCUCAUUUCCCGUGGCAAUCUAAAUUUCUUAGACCUUAAUCUCGGACCCCUCUAUUAUAGAACAUACCUAUUGUAUUUAUUUUUGAUUUGUUCUCGUCCUAAAUAUGCAUGUAAUAUUUACCACUGGACGUUAAGCAACCAGCAAUCAAUCAAUAUAUAAUUUCAAACAAGAAAGAAAUGCUUGUCUUAAAGGAUAGUCUGCAUAUAUCUUAAAUUUUAAAAAAUAUUGCAAAAAAUCGCGUCUUCACAACUUUCAUAGACUCGAAUAUUUAUUGUUUGAUACAUUCUAUGGACAUCUGUCUAUUGGUGCCCUCCAAAUCAUGUUUGGUUAUUUUAUCGUUGGAUUGUUGUCUCGUUAACGUAUAAUCUACAUCUCUCUUUGUUUAUAGUAUUGCACUAGUCGUGAAAUAGAAGUGUACAAUCUUGAUCAAAGUUGAUCCAACGAUACAACGUACUGUAGAUCUGGAUGCAUAUCGGAGGGUUAAGUUUUUUUAAAAUUUGUUUAAAUUUAUUGCUUACAUCUUUGGAUAUAGUUUACUUUGGUCAAUAUAUAAUUGUUUCCUUGUACCUGUAUGCUUAUCGUCUUCAAUACGGGUAUUAUAGAUCCCUGCGGGUUUGUUCUUACUGAUCAUUAUUAUUUUCUUUAUGUGACUUUUUUUUUUCACUGAUCGGUAUUAAAAAAUGACUGAAAGGUUAACAAAUAUAUUAUCAUAAUGAUACAUAUGAUGUAAGCUUCCUUCUUUAAAUAAUCUUUAAAGUGCAAAUUUACAAUAUUUGUUCAAUAGUUUCAUGAUAUUAUGAUUUUUUAAUCUUAAUACAUGUAUUGUAUAUUGUAUAUCAUACAUGUUAUUUGUAUAUUUAUUCACUCAUAAAGGCCUGAAAUACGUUAUAGAUUCGUACUACUUUUAAGAUGAAAUUAUCAAAAAUUAACAAAAUAAUUCAGGUAACAAAUAGUCAUUACAUUCACGAUAUUGUUUUUAUCUUUAUUUUUAUU